CGGGUCACAGGGCUUGAUGGAUGCCUGCUCCACUGCUUUGUUUUUCUUGCUGCUGUUGUAACUGAGGGACUUUUGGGGUUUUAUAUUCAGUAGUUUAUGGGAUUCCACUGAUAAAGGCAUACAUACUUUGGUGUCUUUCUCUUCUCCGAGCCUCUUGUGGGCGUUUAUUUUUGCAACUAUCAAGCAUCCGCCCCGGUCUGGACACAGCACUCUUUCAUUCUUUCAUUACAGCGUGCCCUGGACCCUCAUGUUCAUACCCCUCCUAAAGGGGGGACGGAGUGGGAGAAAUAUGAUCCUCUUUUUUGUGGUGUGUUUAGGGCAGCGGCAGCAACAGUGUGUGGUUUCCAUGGAAAAGACUGGAGAAACAUGGCACCAGGGGCCUGUGUGAAUACUCUACCCCAAGUGAAUUUGAAGCCCUUUAGCGUAGCUCUGCAAGCUCCACCCUGGAACUCCUUGUUCAGAAUCUUCGCAUGCGUUUCCACGAGGAGCGUGCACGUGAUUAAAGAGGUCCCCACAUUUCAAGAGAAGACGAAAGCCUUACUUGGAAAUCUUAUGGACGAAGAAAUGAGUCGCCAGACUGCCACCGCGCUGCCCACAGGAACCUCCAAGUGCCCCCCCUCCCAGCGCGUGCCCACCCUGACAGGCACCACAGCCUCCAACAGUGACCUGGCCAGUCUGUUUGAGUGUCCGGUCUGCUUCGACUAUGUUCUGCCCCCCAUCCUGCAGUGCCAGUCGGGACAUCUGGUAUGCUCCAACUGCCGGCCAAAGCUCACCUGCUGCCCGACCUGUCGAGGUCCGCUGGGCUCCAUCAGGAACCUGGCCAUGGAGAAGGUAGCAAACUCGGUCCUCUUCCCCUGUAAGUACGCCUCGUCGGGCUGCGAAGUCACCCUGCCCCACACCGACAAGACAGAGCACGAAGAGCUGUGUGAGUUCCGGCCGUACUCCUGCCCGUGUCCCGGCGCCUCCUGCAAGUGGCAGGGCUCGCUGGACGCCGUCAUGCCUCACCUGAUGCACCAGCACAAAUCCAUCACCACGCUGCAGGGCGAGGACAUCGUGUUCCUGGCCACGGACAUCAACCUCCCCGGCGCCGUGGACUGGGUGAUGAUGCAGUCGUGCUUCGGCUUCCACUUCAUGCUGGUGCUGGAGAAGCAGGAGAAGUACGACGGCCACCAGCAGUUCUUCGCCAUCGUGCAGCUCAUCGGAACGCGCAAGCAGGCCGAGAACUUCGCCUACCGGCUAGAGCUCAACGGGCACCGGCGCCGCCUCACCUGGGAGGCCACGCCCCGCUCCAUCCACGAGGGCAUCGCCACAGCCAUCAUGAACAGCGACUGCCUGGUGUUCGACACGUCCAUCGCACAGCUGUUUGCGGAAAACGGCAACCUGGGCAUAAACGUCACCAUCUCCAUGUGCUAAAGGUCAAAGAAGGUCAAAACAGUUACAGAUCGUUGGGGCAUUUUUUUUCUUUUCCCCCCUUUUUUUUUUUUUUAGAUCAGGUCGGAUCAGUCGUGACCUCACAGCGCCCUCCUCCCUCUCUCUCUCUGCCACGCCCCCUUAGAGACGUGGAACUGGACUGUCUGAACGGGCAGCCAUGGAGGCUCAGGGGCGGGUGGGAUGGAUGAAUGAUGGAUGAAUGGGUGAGUGGCAACUUAUGUGUAAUGACGGUUAUAGACGCACGUGUAAACAAGCGCGAGGCGAACGUUGGUCGUCUCGCCUUCUCUUCGCCGUUUAAAGAAAAAAAAACAAAGUACGGACACAAACUGAGAAGCUGUUCAGUCAAACUCGCUCUUCAAACUCUCGGAACGAUCGUCCACCGCGUUCAUUUUUCACGUCUUUCUCCUCUCUCUCUCUCUCUCUCUCUCUCGCUCUGUCUGUC